AUGGAUGUUUCCGGGUUUGCAUUGAUCACCGGAGCUGCAUCGGGCAUUGGCCGAGCCUGCUCACUAGCAUUCGCUGCCGAGGGCGCUGCCGGCGUGGCCCUAUUCGACCUUAACCAGGCGUCUUUGUCGGCUGUCAAGGCCGAAAUCGAGCAGCAACUCUCCAAGCAAAAUAUAUCAAACAAAUGUCAAAUUGAAACCUACGUGGUCAACGUGGCAGAUGAGGACCAGGUCAACAGAUCCAUCUCGGCCGCUGCAAAAGCCUUUGGCCGUAUCGACUAUGUGGUCAACGCUGCAGGCAUUGCGAUGAAACACAAGGGUGGUGCAGCCUUUUGUGAAACCGCGGACUGGCAAAGAAUCAUGGAUGUCAACCUUACGGGAUCAUUCUAUGUUCUCAGAGCUGCGUGUAAGAUUAUGCUGGAGCAAGAACCUAUUCUUUCCACCAUUGAUCAACGGCCACUCCAGCGGGGCUCCAUUGUCAACUUUGGUUCUAUCCAGGCAGUUGUUGGACUACCUAUGUCGACAGCAUACACUGUCACUAAGCACGGAAUCAUGGGGCUGACUCGAACCGCGUCGGAGGAUUACGCAAAGGAUGGUGUGCGGAUCAAUGCUAUCUGUCCCGGAUACACUGAAACACCUUUGACGACUAAGCCGGAGAUCCUCGAAGUUAUGAAUGAGAAGGUUCAAAACAUGGUGCCGAUGCAGCGAAUGGGUUCAGCAAGAGAAAUUGCGGAUGGUGUGCUAUAUCUGGCUGGUGGCCGUGCUUCUUUCGUGACUGGAACUGCGCUUUUUGUGGAUGGUGGAUAUACCCAGCGAUAG